GUGGGAAGAGAAGCUGAAGCACCAAGACACAGGUACACGCUGCAGGACAGGAGGGAAGUGGAAGUAAUUAGUAGUUCAGUCAUACUUCUGCUAGGAUAGGGAGAUGGAAGGAAGGCCCCGUUUCACCCUGAACCCGGACACAGAAGCAUACAGGAGGCAGCCAGGUGGCCCCGCCAGGGGGAAGCGUGUCUAACAGAUACAAGCCCCGCCAGGCUGUAACUUGAGCGGAGAGGGUUUAUUUUAAAAUGAGGAACCAGAGAGAGGCGGGCAGAGCAGAGCAACUAGCUUGUUGAUGUUUCCGGGUGUAGAUAAACAAAGGGAGGGGGAGGAUCCCGCAGACAGGCAGCAGCGAUCGAGAGAUAAGAGAACGAGCGGUGCUCGCCAAAGGGUCACAUUACACCACCCCAGGAGGGGCUGUCUCUUGCUCGGCGUCCUGGGACCUGCACCACCGAGCGGCGUCCCGGUUGCCAGACCCUGCAGGGUGGUGCAGCCCAUUGCCCAGCCAGCAGCAGCAGCAGCUGAUCGGCCGCAGCAGCCGCUCUGCAACAGGUGUCUCGGGGCUAGAGCCGCAAGAGUCGGAGGACAUUCGGCGGCAACUUUCCCAGCCUGCUGGAGAGGAAGGAGGUCGCCGCUGCUUCUGCUUUUUCUCCCCCGUUUCCUACAAAGCCAUGACCGGCCUGGAGGAAGAUCCCGAGUUUGAUUUCGAUUUCCUCUUCGAGUUUAACCAGAGUGAUGAGGGCGCCGGCAGCAGCGGCAGCAGCAGUAAAGAACAUUAUAACUAUGCAUCUUCAAAUAUAAAUUCAAGUUUGCCUUUAAGUGUGGCACAUUCUUCAUUGUCAACUCCAUGUCAUGGCCUUCAGACAUCUAAUCCAGUUAUUUCGAUUGUCCCAUCAACCAAUCAUCCUUCGGGAUAUGGAGGGCAUCCUGACAGUGGCACCGCUGGAUAUUAUCUGUCUCCACAUGUCAGACCAAAUGGAGUGCCAGCGUUGGAAAGCCCUAGAAUUGAAAUAACCUCAUACUUAGGACUGCAUCAUAACAACAACCAGUUCUUCCAUGAUGCUGAUGUUGAGGAGGCCAUCCCAAAUGCAAAGAGAUCACCUUCUACUGCCACUUUGAACUUACCAAAUCUUGAGGCUUACAGAGACCCAUCUUGCCUGAGCCCAGCAAGUAGCUUGUCUUCCAGAAGCUGCAAUUCAGAAGCAUCUUCCUAUGAAUCCAAUUACUCUUAUCCUUAUACUUCUCCCCAGACAUCUCCUUGGCAAUCGCCAUGUGUAUCGCCUAAGACCACAGACACUGAGGAGGGGUAUCAGCGAAGCAUGGUAGCCUGCACAUUACUCAAUUCACCCAGACAUUCUCCUUCUGCAUCUCCCCGAACAAGCAUUACUGAGGAAAACUGGUUGAGUACCCGCAACUCUAGGCCAUCUUCUCCCUGCAACAAGAGGAAAUAUAGUUUGAAUGGCAGGCAGACUUCCUAUUCACCACACCACUCUCCAACACCCUCUCCCCAAAAUUCUCCAAGGGUUAGUGUGACAGAUGAGACAUGGCUGGGAAACACUAACCAGUACACCAGUUCGGCCAUUGUCGCAGCUAUCAAUGCUCUCACCACUGAUAGCACCAUAGACAUGAAUGAUGGGAUUCCUAUCAAAUCCAGGAAAACUGCAAUAGAUCACACCCCAUCCAUGACACUCAAGACUGAGCCAAGUAGUGAUGAUCAUGGGACCAUAUCACCAACAGCUGACUUAUCACCAGAAGAGUUUCCUGGGUUUCAGCACAUCAGGAAGGGAAACUUCUGUGAUCAGUAUCUUUCGGUGCCACAGCAUCCUUAUCAGUGGGCCAAAUCAAAGCCAUUGUCCCCAACGUCAUACAUGAGCCCAUCCUUGCCUGCUCUGGAUUGGCAGUUACCAUCUCACUCAGGACCUUAUGAACUUCGGAUUGAAGUGCAGCCUAAGUCUCAUCACAGAGCCCAUUAUGAGACGGAAGGGAGUCGAGGGGCUGUCAAGGCAUCUGCUGGGGGACAUCCAGUGGUGCAGCUACACGGUUACUUAGAAAGCGAGCCACUCACCCUACAGCUGUUCAUUGGGACUGCAGACGACCGCCUGCUGCGUCCUCAUGCCUUCUACCAGGUUCAUCGGAUCACUGGGAAGACUGUUUCCACUACCAGCCACGAAACAAUACUUUCCAACACCAAAGUCUUGGAAAUUCCACUUCUACCUGAAAACAACAUGAGAGCAAUCAUUGACUGUGCAGGAAUCCUGAAACUUAGGAAUUCAGAUAUUGAGCUGAGGAAAGGAGAAACUGAUAUUGGGAGGAAGAAUACACGAGUUCGGCUGGUCUUCCGUAUUCAUAUCCCCCAACCCAAUGGGAGAACUCUUUCUCUACAAGUAGCAUCCAACCCAAUUGAGUGCUCUCAAAGGUCUGCUCAGGAACUUCCAUUGGUGGAGAAACAAAGUGUUGACAGCUAUCAUGUGAUGGGUGGAAAGAAAAUGAUACUGAGUGGACACAACUUUCUGCAAGACUCCAAAGUUAUUUUUGUAGAGAAAGCUCCAGAUGGUCAUCACGUGUGGGAAAUGGAAGCCAAAACUGACAAAGAAUUGUGUAAACCUACUUCAUUGGUGAUUGAGAUACCACCGUUCCGCAAUCAAAGAAUUACAAGUCCUGUCCAAGUUAAUUUCUAUGUCUGCAAUGGAAAAAGAAAGAGAAGCCAGUACCAACUGUUCACCUAUCUUCCUGCUAAUGUUCCAAUUAUAAAAACAGAACCCACUGAUGAUUAUGAGCCUGCUCAAAACUGUGGACCAAGGAACCAAGGAUUAAGCCCUCUCUCCAAACCAUACUACAGCCAGCAGAUCAUGAUGCCUCCUGAUCCUGGCUCGUGUCUUGUGGCUGGCUUCACUUCCUGUCAGCAGAGAAACACUGUGAUGUCAUCGUCUCCCAGUUCAAGUCCUAAGCUGCAUGAUCUUUCCUCUCCUGCUUACAAGUGCAUCACCAACCCAGGCCACAGCCACCUAGGACUUCAGCAGACCGUUGGAGGUGUCCCCACCAUACAGGAAGUGCCAAGGUCUAUAGUUGUGCAUCCAAGCUCUCCAGAUCAGUCCUCUCACAUCAUGCUGCAGCCGCAGGUGAGUCAACAUCUGAGCAGUAGCUGUUCCCUUGGUUACCAACAAACACUCUGUCCCAACAGUCCCUCCUCUCCAGUUCCAUCUGUAACCCAAGAGCCAACCUAUUUGCAGUCCUGCAGUCCAACUCACUCAUCCAUAAUGGGUCAGCAGCAACUGCCGAAUGUUCAAAGAAAUGAAUCUCCAGCAGAUCAGCCACUGUCGUUGCCCGAGUUGCAUGAGGACAAUAAUCAUAAUUUGGCCCCUAUUCCUGUAACGAUCAAGCGAGAACCUGAGGAAUUGGACCAGUUAUACCUGGACGAUGUAAAUGAAAUAAUACGCAACGACCUCUCCAGUACUAAUGUCCAUUCGUAACUGGUCAUCUAGAAAACCAGUUUUAAGCUUAGCUGAGACAUCAGCUUCAGAUAAACUGAAGACAGACCCCAGUACCACUCUACUCUUCCACCUUUUUGAAUGUUUGGAACAGACAUUUGCCUCUUCUGAGUGUACAUAUAUCAAAGGAAACUAAUUGGCUGGCUUCAGCCAAGAAAACACUUUCUUUAAAGAAAAUCAUCUCAAGGAAAAUGGAGGAAACCAACUAUAAAGUGGUGUGUUUCUUGGGUUGAAAUAGGAAAUGUGACCCCCAAAGGUGACUCGCUGGCUCCAGAACUGAUUUUAUUUUACUUUUGGCUCUACUGGACUACAACCCUGGAAGUGCCUUAUUUUGUUAGAUUGUGGCAUCAGGACAUUUUACUGGCAGCUCUGAACAUGCUUCCAUCCAAAGUAUUUCUAGGCACAAAAACUGUCUAACAUAUAUUGGAACUAAAUGUGUUAAACUAUAUGUUGGUAUGGGUUGGGGGGAAAUUGCAAGCAUUGCAAGUAAAAUACAUGUCUGAAUUCCAGGAUUUUUUCAACUUUCCACCUUGAACUGUAUUUGACAUCUCAUUGCCUUGGUCCUGAUGCAUUUUUUUAAAAACCCAGGUUAUCAUCUCAGCUGUAUAUUUUUCAGCCUGUCCCAGGUCUCUGCUAAGGAAUCAUAAGACUGUUAAUCAUACUAGCAUGUUAAUACUUUGACUCAAAUUUGGCUUCAGAUGUAGCACAAGUGAACUGAACAGCACAACAUGUUGAGGUUCAGGGACAAAAACAUUGAAAUUGUUUCUUGAUGUAUGUGUAUGCAUGUACAUACAAACUACCAUAUAUGCAUAUAUAUUUAUAUAUGGCAGAUAUACCUAGUUGCCUUGUUAAGGCUUUGAAUUAGCAAUAAUUUCUGCUUCUGAGAAUGCAGUCCGGAUCCCAAGCAAAUGCUUCUGCCAUUCUGUGUUGUGGGUUUGUUAUGUUUAAGACAGGUAUGCAUUUUCUUUCCUCAUGCUGAUAAGCAAGCACUUUAGACAGUCAAGAAGGAUGCAUAUGAAAUAUGUAUUAAUUACCAAAUGACAAAGGAUGAGUUAAAGCAAUUGUAAAUACUGCUUUCAAAGAAUGUAAAAUAUUUGUUCAGUUAUAAGAUUAUUAUUCCACUGAAGCCUUAUAACUCUCUGCUAUGUGUACAACAAAUAUUACCAAAACCAAAUGUUUCAAUAUGCAGUGCUGUAUAAUAUGUUUUCAGAUUAGCUCCAUGUUCAUAGAGUACAUAUAGAAUUUAAGCAUGUAAUGUAGUCUUUUAACAUUGUAUUUUGUACAAUCAAUAAGCUUACAAUAUAGCUAGCAACGGCAUAUUAUUUCACAUAAACAAAACACAAAGCAUGGCUUCAUUUUUAAAGCAUUUAACAUUAAUAUUGUGCCUUAGGAAAUAAGUGUGAACUAUGCCACUGUUACUAAGGUGGUGUCUAAUUAAGUGUAGUGUACAGUUAAUGCAAACUCAACAGGUUUCACAAAAAGGUGAAACCACUUAGAAAUAUUACUCUGUACAAUCAUGUCUUACUUCUUUAAAAAAACAAACCUGAAAAGCCAUAUUUAUAACAUUUGCACAUUACUGUGAAAACACGAGAAUAUAAUAUGGCUGUAUGUAAAUAUUAUUAUGUUAUUGGCCCUCCCAAUUGGCUGUUAUUUCCUAACUGUUUAGCAACAGACAUUUACCUUUUAGUUAGCUUUGUAGAAGCUGCAUGCAUGCAUUUCUUCUAGAUUGCCAUAUUAUUGAGGGGGGGGGGAAAUUGACAGGUUUAGAAAAUAUAUCUAAUAAAGCACAAUUUUCCACAAAGCUAGUUCUAGAGUGGUUCAUUUUGUUCACUCUUGGGGGCAAGUCUCAUAAAAUGAUACACUUUUUAUGUGAUAUGUUAAUAUCUUUAUUCUGCAUAUUGUAGGCACUUCCAUUUCAAGUAGCUUUCAGUCUGCCAAUAUAAUCAUCUUACAGUCCACCAAGAAUUGCUUCCAUGUAAGUUCCAUUCACUGCAACAGUAAUUUGUGCUGGAGCAGCACUUGGUGGAUUUUACCUUCUUCUUUUUAAAAGUAUCUUACUAAUAUAAUUGCUCUUUUUACAUGUUUUCUACAUUUAAAAGAUGUAGCUGCCAAGAAAGACAUGGAGAUCCAGUGUAAUUCUCAGAUGUUCAAUUCUCUCACUUCUGAAAUGUCAAUAGAGUGUGAAUGGAGGAACCUCUUGGUAUGCCAAAGAAUCUUUGACUCAGAUACAGAAAUGUCUUGGGUGAGGCUCUGACCACACAAGCACCAUGAAAUGUUUGCAUUUCAGCAAUAAUAACUUUAGCCAUUCAAGCAUAUGUAUUGUUCCUGAGUAUGUCACACCUCCCCCUUUGUUGUUUUUAUUUACUGCUUUGGAAAUUUGUUACAUUCAAGCCUAACUCUAAAAGACUAUGCAUCUCUUGUAUAUGUAUUCAUGAAUAAAAAAACCUGGUAUCAGAAACUCAUCUCUAAUCAGAA